UCCUUCCCAUUAACUUCAGUGGAGAGCAGAUGCGUCCGAAUACCAUGCAGCAUCUUCUGCAGCAGUGACGUCACCAGCGAGGCUCGGUCACGGCUCGGUUCGCCCGGUUCACCUGAUGCGCGUGCACCUUCAAACAGUUAACGCCAGAUCACACACUCCAGCAGCUCUUUUAAGAAGCCAUCUCUCUCUCUCUCUCUCUCUCUCUCUCUCUCUUUCUCUCUCAAUUCAAUUUAAUUCAAUUCAAUAUGUGCUUUAUUGGCAUGACAAUUGUUACAAUGUAUUGCCAAAGCGUAGUGUUUACAUUGAAUCUAGAACAGAUAUAUAUGCAACAAAAACAUGCAUGUAGAUACAUUUAAAAAGUAGAACAAAUCAACAUUUUAGAAUUCCAUGAACAAUUUAAAAUUCAAUGUUGUGUGUGUGUGUGUGUGUGUGUGUGUGUGUCUCUCUCUCUCUCUCUCUCUCAGCUUUUCCGUUCCUAUUUUGCUGAUCUUGAAGAAGCUGCCAAGAAGGCUGAACAAGUUCUUCAAAGAUUCAACCCUUCACAGCUGAGAGGGAAGACCAAAGGAAGGCCUGUCAUGGGAUUUGAAUUUGAACAUCUUGUGUGUUACGGAGAAGACCAAAAGCUGCAAAGACAAACACUUCCAGUGGUUUAAAGACAGCAGGAUGGAGGACGUCUGGCUGGUGGAUUUCUACGCGCCGUGGUGUGGAUACUGUAAGAAGCUGGAGCCGAUCUGGCUGGAGGUGGGAGCGGAGCUGACCCGCUCUGGGUCGCCGGUCCGAGUCGGAAAAAUGGACGCCACCGCAUAUUCAGGUGUGGCGUCAGAGUUCGGCGUGCGAGGGUAUCCCACCAUUAAACUGCUGAAGGGGGAGAUGGCAUAUAAUUACAAGGGACCACGAACCAAAGAUGACAUUAUCGAGUUUGCCAACAGAGUGGCUGGGCCAGCCGUGCGCUCGCUGCCCAGCAGAAAGAUGUUUGAGCACGUCUUGAAGAGGCACAGUGUGCUGUUUGUGUAUGUCGGAAGCGAGUCUCCUCUGAAAGAGAAGUACAUAGAGGUGGCGUCUGAGCUCAUUGUGUACACGUAUUUCUUCUCUGCGUCGGAAGACGUCUUGCCAGAGUCUGUGGCUUUGCAUGAAUUGCCUUCAGUGGUCGUCUUCAAAGAUGGAACCUAUUUCACAUAUGAUGAGUAUGAAGACGGCAGCUUGUCAUCCUGGGUGAACCGCGAGCGGUUCCAGAGCUACCUGCCGAUCGAUGGAUUCACGCUGUAUGAGCUGGGAGAGACCGGUAAACUGGUGGCGAUCGCCAUCACUGAUGAGAAGGAUCCGGCGGAGCGGAGCAGCAGGUUGAAAGGUCUGAUCCAGAGAGCUGCUACUGAACACCGGGAUCAGUUCAACAGGGAUUUCCAGUUCGGCCACAUGGACGGGAACGACUAUAUCAACAGCCUGAUCAUGGGCGAGGUGUCUGUGCCCAGCAUCAUCGUCCUCAACACCUCGAACGAGCAGUACUUUGUGCCGCCGGAGCCUGUGGAGGAUCUGGAGCAGCUGCUGCGCUUCUUCAGCAGUGUUCUGGACGGCAGCGCUCCGGCGUUCGGAGGAGACGGGAUCUUCCAGAGGAUCAAGCGCGUGGCGUACGAUGCCAGAUCCACUAUAAUGUCGGUGUUCCGCAGCUCUCCGCUGCUCGGCUGCUUUCUCUUCGGUCUGCCGCUCGGCGUCAUCAGCCUCAUGUGCUACGGCAUCUGCACGGCCGAGUCUGACGACGACACGGAGCUGAUGAAGAGAGACGGCUUCACCGACGAGGAAGAGGAGGGCGAGGAGGACGAGCAGCAGCAGCUGACGGCCGGAGCGGAGGGAGACGAGGAUGACGACGGAGAGAAGAUCGAACAGAAGAGUCCGACUGAAAAAAAGGUGGAUUAACGAGAAGCGAAGGCCUCAGAAGAGGAAACCCCGGCUAGAAUCUCCUCACUGCGUUUCAUUGGAUUGUUUGUUUUCUAAUUCUUUAUUUUCUGAAUUUCCUCUAAAUGUCCACCAAAUGUAAAGUCUUGUUUCUGAAAACGUCAGGACCAGUCAUGGAGCUCCACGUCCGACUGUACUGAGCUACAAAAGCACACAGACGUAAACACUGACUGCUUUAAAGUGGCAGGUCUUUAUGCUUAUUAAUAAUCAUUACUGUAAUAAUGUGCCCUUAUGAGCCGUUCUCUAUCGUCACUUUAAAUCACGUGGACUGCAGCGGAGACGCGCUGAACGCUCGACCUCUCAGUGGACUCGUUCCUGCUCUGUUUUUUCUGUUUUGGAUGAGAAAGUGCAGUUAUUGUUGCAUCAGAGACUUGAUCUCCAGAGGAUUGUCUUACAUGAGAUUUGUUACAUUAUCAAAGCAUAAUGAACGCGCAUAAAUGCUUUUCUCCUGCUCGUGAUCUGACCGAAUGUAGAAGUCUAGUGAAGCUAUUCUAGCAGCGAGUGCUUAUUUCUCUGUGAAAUGAUGAAGGAAGGCUUGGGUUUUAUCUCAUGCACUGAACACAUUCGCACACAGCAGCUUCAGCUUCAGUUGAUGAUGUUUUUUUUGUAAUAGUCUCAAUCCUGGAGAAAACCAUCAUGAGCGUUCCUUCUGUAGGUGCUACGUGUAACGUUAAACAGCAGGUAGUGUCUGUGUAUGUGUUUUACAGAUAUAAGGCUUUAUAUGUCAGCUGUUCUCAGCAUCGAUUACCAAAAUUUACUCAGAAACUUAAGUUCAUGAAAGCUGCAGAACUUUUAUUUAACUUCUCAAAACUCCAGCAAAUCACUGUAAGCGGUAUGAAAGCGUGUGCCGUGCUGAACGGAGCGGUGUUUAGAUGACGAGGGAUUGAAGAGCUGAUCUCAGACGGCAUCGAGCCGAAGCGGUCUUUACACGAGAACACGGAAGCGGUUUCUGCUCACGCUGGGUGGUGAUGGAGUAACGUUGCUAACUUUGCCUUCACAUUCCCUUCAUGAUGCCUGUUAUUAUAGGAUUCGCAUAUUUUAACACAGAACUCGUCUUAAUGUUUCUGCUGUUCAUUAAGCAUCUCUCUCUCUCUCUCUCUCUCUCGUUCUGUGUUCUUCCCUCGCAUCAAUAUCAGGGUAGAAUAGACUUUGACUAGAUUAUGUCCAGGUUUUAUUUGUGAUUACAUUCGUCUGAAAGGUAAUCGUUGGGAUUUAUAACAGACUGCUGCUUUUGAUGAAAGAUUCAGUCGUUUUUAUGUUUCCAUCCCAGAUGUUUGUUACUGAUAGAUAUUGAUAAGGUGUUAGUGAUGUAAGAUGUGUCGGUUUCUUUAGCCAAACAUGUUUGUCUCCUGUCCACAUAUUUAUAAAGGGCCUAUCAUGUACAGAAAAGUUCUGCCAAAAACAAUUACAAUCAAUAAAGAACUCCAUGUUUGACA